GAGCCUGGAGAAAAGGAGGCUCUAGAGGGACCUUCUGGCUCUGCACAACUCCCUGACAGGAGGGGACAGCCGGGGGAAAUCGGGCUCUGCUCCCAGGGAAUAAGGGGCAGGAUGUGAGGAACGGCCUCAAGCUGUGCCAGGGGAGGGACAGGUUGGAUAUCAGCAGGAAUUUCAUCACAAAAGGUUUGUCAAGAUUGGAAGGGGCUGCCGAGGGAAGUUUGGAGUCGCCAUCCCUGGACAUGGCACUCAGUGCUCUGGGCUGGGGGACAAGGUGGGGAUUGGGCACAGCUUGGACUUGAUGAUCUUGGAGGUCUUUUCCAACCUGAAUGCUUCUGGAUUCUGUUACUUGAGCCAUAGGUGAAACACAGAAUAAGGGGGGGUGAAGUAACACAGGCAGAAGUCCAUGGGAAAUUGAGUUGCAGAAAUUGGUUCUGUGGGUUAUUCUCACUUCAGUGAUAAUGAAUUUAUCUACCCCUCCCCAUCUCACUCUUCUCAGUGCUCUGUUAAGUCAUAGGAAUGUGAAAAGAAGUUGACUAAAACUUGAUUUCAAGUAAUUGAAACAAGCAGGUUUUCCAUUUUCAGUUUGUUUAUUUAUUUGUCUAUUUAUUUAUUUAUCAAAGUGAAAAGAACAAAUUCUUCCCUGAAAUCCUAAUGGGUAGAAGUGUGAGUUUUACUGACUCUGUUUUGGGAUAAUUUUGCAAAUGAAUGCUUUGGUACCAAAUGCGAUAAGAUGCACUCAGACUCUGGUGACACUUAAUUGUCACCAUUGUGUUUGUCCCAGCUUCAUGACAAUCUCUGUACUCAAAGUUGCAUUUAAAUAUAUAUAUUGCCAUGCCAAGUAGUGUGAAGUGAACAAGUAGUUAUUUAUAUCUGAAUGUGGGAUAGUUGAAAUCAAAGUGUGAAAUAAGUGUGUGUGAAGAAGGAACAGUGGUCAGAUAAUUUCUGAGAACCUCAAAUUUGAAAUAUAGUUACUCAAGGAUUAUGCUGGAGGUGAGCAGUGAACUGUCUGGAGUGAGAUUUUAUAAUAGAAAAGAGACCUCUUUGCUGUUUUGUCUUGUGAACUAGAUGCUUCUAAAUGCCAGGCUUGUCCCAAAACACAUUUUCCAGUAUUUCUUACAAUGUUUGAAGUUGUAGCAUCUACUUUCUUAGCAGAUCUGCCAGCUAUUCAAUUUCUACAUUAAACCAAAAGAUUUUAAUACUCUUGUGUUGUGGCUGUGUUUGGGAAUGUCUAGCAUAGAAAAAUGCAUUAAUUUUAAGACCUUAUCAUAAAAAAGAGAAGAAAAAAAUUUAGUCCAGAAUGUGCAUUACUAUUCUGGGGCCUUCAUUGGCUGUCUAGGGAGUCUAAAAUCUUAAUUGAGGCAUCACAUUGGAAGGGCAAAGUUAUAGAGUUAUAGAACUGCCAAACUGUAUUAAAAUAAUACUGACAUUUGUUUUCCUCUCCCUUAUUGCAAACAUGAAAUUCAAUGGCAAAAAGGGAAAGUCAAAGAAAGGAAAGGAAGCAAGGCUGAAAGCUGAAGCCCUAUUACGAGCUCAACAAGAAGAAGAAGAAAGACUUGAACGGGAGAGACUGUAUCAAGAGCGCUUGGAAAAGCUUGAGGCUAAGUAUCAAGGAGAAAGGGAAUCUGAACUAGCAGAACUUCAUUCACUGGAACAGAAGUUUCUUUCUGCACAGCACUGGAAAAUGGAUUACAGAGAACAAGCCAAGUGGGAGCACUACCUCAGCUGUGAUGGGACUCCUGACCCCACUGUACCUCAGGAGAUCAACACUUUCAUGAGCUUGUGGCGUGAUGACCAAGAUGUGGAUGUUCAGCUUGUGAUGGAGAAGAAGGAAGUGGUGCUAAAUUUGAUUGAGAAGUUGGAGUUUCUUCUUCUGGAGGCAGCACCAGAAGAGAUCACAGACACACAACGAGACCAGUACCAGGAAGUUAUUCUUCAACUGCAGGAUCUGCUUCACCAGAAGUACAAUGAUGCUACCCAGAACCUGCUCAAAAUAGCUAGUAUGUAUGAAGAUUCUGAAACUGGGAAUAUGCACACAGUCCUAAAGGAUAAAAACGUUACUUUCUGUAUUUGGGCCAAUCUGAAGAAGAAAGUAAGGUUCAAGGACCACGUGUUCCAGGAUGCAGGGCACGGCUUUGAGCUGCCCUUAUCCCUGGCUCUGAGCAGCGUGGCCGUUCGUGUGCUGCACACCAACUACGACCACCUGUCUCCCCUGUGGGUGCAGUGCCAAGGGCUGCCAAGGCCGGGGGCCUCAGACAGCAUGGAGUUAGCUGAGCAUCCAGAAGACACUGGGCAAGAACCAGGAGAAGAGGCGGAGAAAGGCAGGGAAGAGCCCAGCGUGCCUGCUGCAGAAGAAAUGGGUUCUAAGGGAAGAAAGGAGAGUUCUGCCUCGCUGAAAGGGACCAGCAAUAACACAGAUGAGAAAAAAGAGACAGAGGAGGAAACUGAGAAGAAUUCAGACAUCUUGGAUGCACCAUCACAAGAAGAGGAGGCCCUGCUGCAGGAGGAGCCAGGAGGCAGAGAAGAGGCACCACAAGUUGUGGAUUUGGAGCAGCUGGUGCCCGUGGGGGGUGUGUACCACAUCUCUGCCUUGCAGCUGCCACCCCAGGCCCAGGAUGUCGGGAACUGGACCAUGGUGGAGCUGCUGGAUGUUGGAUUAGAGGUGUAUCCAUAUUCCCCAGGACAGGCUGAAGAUGGCACACGGGAAGCAGUGCAGAUAACCCUGGGGCUCCCUGAUAAUGUGAUUUAUUUUAAAGUGCCUGUGGUAGGCCGAUGGGAUCCUGCAGGCCAGUGGUGGAGAACUGAUGGCAUCAGCAAGAUAACCUAUGAAGCAGAAGAAAAGAGCAUCACCUUUAGUAUGGGUGACUUUCAUACAGUAGCCCUUCUUCAGGAUGCUCACCUGAACCUGCCCUAUCAGGCCUGGGAAUUGCACCCUACUGGUGUGGAUGAAGGACUCUUCACAAUUACUGCAGUCUUUGCAACCAUUCAGAUACGAAUUAAGGAUAAUCAGUGUAUGUUGUCUUCAGUAGUGGUGGAAGAGGAGGAGGUGCUUUCCCACAUCACAGGAAAAUGGAUGAGUCCUUUUGCCCUCAGAGCAGCUUUGAAAAGAGCUGGAGUGAACAUUUUCCCAGCAGAGUACUCUCCCAAGUAUGUCCCUGUGCCCAGGAAGGCUGCCCUGGCAGAAGUGAAGGCCUAUGAACAGAUGGCUCUGCUUGCAGCUGCUUUUGCUUUUGCUCACAGCAAGUGGAAUGGAGAAGCAGGGCCAGAGCAAGUUGUGUUCAAGGUGAGUGAACAUCUCACUGCAGGUUCUGCCAAAGGCAACCACUGGUAUCUUCUGAUGUUCAAUGGUGAGAAAGUGCAACACCUCAAGCUCACUGAAACCAGUGAAGCUUUUUCAGAAAAGCUGGAAGAUGAGUCUCAAUUUCACUCCACACUCUACCAUAUGGUCAAGGAUUCUGCCAGCAACGAAGCCAUGGAUAAAGUGGAAAGAGCUGGCUUCCUGUUCAUUGAUUCUGUGUAUCAGCUGCUCCUUGCUACCCGAGUCUUAGCAUACUCUUAGAUACUGCAUGCUUUCCUUCAAAACUUUAUUAUCAAAAGCUUUCAAUAAAGUUACAUUUCAAGUCUUAAAUCCUUUUCUAUUCAAAACAUUGAAACAGGUUCUAAAAUGCAAACAUUUUAUCUCUGUUCAAGCAAAAUAAAUUCUUUAUUCACUUGUGGCUAGA